AUGGGUGGCUUUUAUCAACACCUUACCAUCGCAGUUUCGACGAGUUGGCCUCAUGCGCAGAAAGUCCAAGUGGAUGCAAUCUCUGUCGGCUUUUUGUAUGGUAUAUUGCAAAAACAUCAGCGCCUUCUUAGGGAUGAAUGUUCUAAGAAGUUUGAAAUAGAAAUUUCUAUAAGAGACGACAAGAGCCUUGGCCAUUCCGAUUCUGUGACUGCAACCAAGUCCAAUAAAGCACACUUUGAGGACCCAACACAAUUGAAAUUCGCGAAGGAUUGGCUUUCAGAAUGUCUGCGCGGACAUCCAGUUUGCAAAGAACUUUACGGUCAAGAAAAGUUCUUGCCAGCAAGAGCUCUAAACGUCGGAGGCCCUGGAUCAACCGUGUUUCUAGAAGAAACCGGCGGCAAUCGAGGGAGGUCCAAGCAAGUAAAGCUUGAGGGCAGUAAAGCGUUGUCUAAAUUCAGGGAGGGAAUCGACAUCUCUAUGCUCCCAAAGACCAUUCAGGAUGCAAUUCAAGUCACUCGAGGGUUGGGCCUUUAUUAUCUUUGGGUCGAUGCUCUAUGCAUUAUCCAAGAUAGUCGAGAAGACCUUCAACGGGAAAAGGCACGUAUGGACAUCAUUUACAGCGAUGCCACAGUCACACUGUUUGUCAGUAACGCCACCUCCGCAAGCGAUGGAAUUUUUUUUGGCGCUACAUGCUACUUAACGUAUUCCGUCUCUUUCAAUCAGGCAUUCUCUCUCAAGCAGGCCUUCUCCCCUGAGCAGUCCUUCUCCCCUGAGCAGUCCUUCACUCCUGAGCGGUUCUUCUCUCCCAAGCGGCUGUUGGCAUUAUGGAGUUGGAAAAGAAAAAAGAAAACCUUCUACUCCCGUAUCUUGGAUUCCAGCAGAAAUUGGGAACACGGCGGACUCGAGUAUCCUUGGAGUUCUCGUGGCUGGACCAUGCAAGAAUACAUAUCUGCUCCCGCGAGGCAUUUUCUUCACCAGCUCCCAAAUGGGUUGGUUCUGUUUGACCUGCACCGAAAAAGGAGCCCACAAAAUCGACCACGAUAA